UGACCGGCAGAGAAGGCACGGCGGUGAAAUUCAAAUAUUUGAAUCGUCUUCAGGACUGUUAGAGACAGAGGGGUGAUUACUGGGAAUAUAGUGACAGGGACACUCAGCCUAGUGAGAGACAGGGCGACCGCAACAAGAGUGACUGUAAUUAUCAUACUGAGAACUACAUAGUCUUGGAGCGAUACCGGAGAUAUACACUAGUGGAAGAACAAAGCGCAACACACAGUCAUGGAUCCAUUUACAGAGAAACUGCUAGAAAGAACGCGAGCCAGGAGAGAGAACUUGCAGAAGAAAAUGGCUGACAGGCCAACUGCAGGCGCUCGGUCAGCAGUGCUAAAUAAAAGGCCUAGAGAGCCACUUUCAGAGACAAAUCGUCUGUCUCCUGCACCUGUUGAAGAAGCUAAGCCCAGUUCAAAACCAUCACCUUCAAAGAAGCGCUGUUCAGAUAAUGUUGAGACACCGGCUUCAGGUUCUGAGAAUAGGCAACCAAAAAGUCCAGAAAAGCCUGCAAUUCAUCAGACAUCUGAAGUGGUUUCACACCUUCAAACAAGGGUAACCAGUCCGAUCUCCCAAAGCCAAAUGUUACCCAAAGAUGAAGAAAAGCAGAGUGAAGAAUCUGAGGCCCAAGGAGAAAAUUGUGUAAAGACACGCAUGCAAAAACUAGCCCAACAGAGGCGGUAUUGGGAUAAUGAUGCUAGUCCACCAAGUUCACCCCCAUCACCUAUGCCACCCAAGCAAAUUGUGGCCUCUCCACCAAAACAACAAACUCCUGCUAUAAAUGCUGAUACUCCAAUGGGCCGGAGAGGACGUUUUGCCAACCUUGCUGCUACAAUUGAUUCCUGGGAAGAUGAUCUAAGUCAUCCAUGUGUCAGGCCGAACAAUGCACAAGAAAAGCCUGGUACUGCUUGUUUAUCAAAGCCAUCCUCUACUAGUUCUACAUCUGUCGGCAUCAAUAGCCACACUGUAAGGCAGGAUGCUGUAAAAGCUGCAGUCUCUGGUACACGGGAGAGCAAACCCACAACUCCCUCUUUUACGAAUAUCUCCACCACGGUCAAAACCACUGAGAAAUCAAAAUGCUUGGAAGUCAAAUCAACUAGCGUUGUGUCUAACAAACUGAGGGAAAAUGAGGUGGUGCCCCCACACAGUGUAAAGUCCUGGUCUUCAGACAAGCCCUCCAGUCCCCAGAGAAGAGAGAGACCGACUUCAAAAAUAUUUUUAACCCAAGCAACUGCAUCAAAAGACGAGUUCAAUAAGGAAACCCCAAUACAUUCCCAACAGAAGGACAAUACUGCAACCCCAGGUGGCCCAGGUAUAAAGUCCUUCCUUGAGCGUUUUGGUGAGAAGUGUCAGGAGCGAAGCCCAGCACCCACAAACUCUGGUCUCAAGGCAACUGUUCUGACCCCAAAUACAAGGAGUAUCCAAGACAGACUGCUGAAGCAGAAUGAAUUGACCAGUACAUCUAGCUUAGCACAGCAGAUGAAACAGGAGCGUGAGAAGGAACUUGCUGCUCUACGGAAUCGGUUUGAUAAGGGCAGUGCUCGGACUGCUGAGAGAGAUCUAUCAAAAACAAAAUUACAGGACACACAAAAGGAAGCUCAGAUUCACCCAUCAACAUCAAGCAAACCACCUAAGCCAGAUGUAACUAGUUCAAUACGAGAGAAAGCUCCAGUGUCUUCCGGUAUUGAUAAGCCAAAGAUGGCAGGACAGGUGUGCAGCCCAUUAAAAUCAACAAAACCUGAUGAACUACAAAAACCUUUGGAACAUACAUCAACUAAAAAAGAAAGCAAGAGUGAAGAAACUGUGGAAGUGAUACGAGAGAUUGAGAUGAGUGUGGAUGGUGAUAUUGAUGAAUCAAACAGCUCAGGGAUGAUCACCAGCAUUUUCAGUAGUGCUCUGGAAGAGAACGAGAAUGAUGUUACAGAAAGUUCAUGCAAGCAAGUAGAAAGUGUCAGUGAUGUAGACAGUGAGGAAGCAGAUGAACGGGACGAGGAUGCACUGAACAUCUCCUCAAUGUCUCUGCUUACACCAUUAGCAGAGACAGUCGGUGUUGGAAGUCCAGAGGCUCUUCUGUCCCCAUCCAAGAUUACAGCUGGAACCAGUGCAAGUUGUGAUAGUCCAAAGUCUGUCAAAUUUCAGAGUAGACAUGAACCAGACAGCUUUGAUUCUUCAGAAGAAAACCAAAACCUUUUGUACAGCAUUGACGCAUACAGAUCUCAGAGGUUUAAAGAGUCAGAUCGUCCUCAGGUAGUGCAAACCAUUGUUCGAAAAGAAGAUAUAUCUUCAAGAGUACAGGAUAAAAAGUCAUCAUCUCCUCGGCAUGUUAACAUAAAGCAAAAAAUGAAGGUGCUGAACAAUGAAAUCAACCUGCAGCAGACAGUGAUUCACCAAGCCAGCCAAGCACUUAAUUGUUGCGUAGAUGAGGAUCAUGGGAAAGGUUCACAAACAGAAGCAGAAGCUGAACGAUUGCUACUGGUAGCAACUGAAAAAAGAGCAGCUUUGCUUGCUGAGAUAAAUCGACUUAAGAGUGAAGGACCUCAAAGUCAAAAAAGAGGUGCUGCUGCCAGUAGUGAAAACUCACCAUCAAGGGGGAAAGUUUCAGUGUCCGAAAUGUUUCUACCAUUGAAAGCAGAUUUUGUGGUCAACACGUCACAAAAACCAGAUUCCGCAAAUUAUUAUUUCUUUAUAAUGAUCAGAGCGGGAGCUGAAAACAUUGUGGCUUCGCCGUUGGCGAGUAUCUCAAGCUCCAUGAAAGGAGAUGCUCUUGCAUUUCCAACAACGUUUACAUUGGAAGAUGUUUCCAAUGAUUUUGAAAUCUCUGUUGAUGUUUACAGUUUGGUGCAGAAAAAGGAAGGGCUUCCAGUUGACAAAAGAAAAAAGGCUGUGAAGGCAAAGGCAAUAACUCCAAAAAGGCUUCUGACAUCUAUUACAAAGAGCAACAUUCAUACACCAGCACUGGCUAGUCCAGGAGGCCCAAAUGCUGUUCGCACCAGUAAUUUUGUACUUGUUGGAUCUCACAAGCUCUCUCUGUCUUCAGUUGGUAGCAACAAGUUUCUUUUGGAAAAGGUUCCAUUUUUGUCUCCAUUAGAAGGGCACAUCUAUCUCAAACUUAAGUGUCAAGUAGACUCGUCUGUUGAAGAAAGGGGCUUUUUGACUAUGUUUGAAGAUGUGAGUGGUUUUGGAGCUUGGCAUAGACGUUGGUGUGUACUUUCGGGAUAUUGUAUUUCCUAUUGGACAUAUCCAGAUGAUGAAAAACGAAAGAAUCCAAUCGGCAGAAUAAAUCUAGCAAACUGUACUAGUCGGAAAAUCGAACCAGCCAACAGAGAAUUCUGUGCUAGACCCAAUACUUUUGAGAUAAUAACAGUGAGACCACAAAGAGAAGGCGACCAAGAAACACUAGUCAGUCAAUGCAGAGAUACAUUAUGCGUCACUAAAAAUUGGUUAUCUGCAGACACUAAAGACGAACGUAAUCUUUGGAUGCAAAAACUCAACCAAGUGCUUUUGGAUCUCCGCAUGUGGCAGCCAGAUGCCUGUUAUAGGCCUGCUACCAAGGUUUAAACACGUGGUUGUUUACGGAACGCGUGUACUUCAAGUCAAGGUCUCACCAGCUGUGUCCUAUUUUACUGCAAAAUAAAAUAUGCCAGAGAAGGUACAUUGCAGCACGAGAUCUGUAAAGCAUCAUGCAGUAAAUAGUUUGAUAACCAGGUCACUUCUCAGUUUACCAAAUAGUGCUUUUGUAAUCACGGAUGUUGGAUGUGGUUAUUAACAAUAUGGCGCGCAUGGCUAUAUCCUAUUUUCAUUAGCAUUUUUUAAUAUGAGUUUAUUUUGGGAGAGCUUUACUUUUGCCGCAUUAAGUGCAAUAUAUAAACCCUAUUGUUGGUUGCUUCCAGUUGAAUAGUUUUAGACUUUAAAUAUAACUAUUGCAUUCUCUCUUUCUAGAAGGGGAUAAAAGUGCAGCAGCCAGACUUUUUUUUAUAUUUUUCAAGACUUUUUAAAGUAAACAUUGGGGGGAUCCCUCCAUAAACACAGCCAGACGGAAUGGUGUAAUCUAUGGAUCUUCUAAUAUAUCCAGCCUGCUUUCCUGAUUCCUACUUCUGGCAAUUGCUUUAGAAGGAAGAAGGCAUUGACAGAGUUCCUAUCUUACACACUUUCUAUGUUGCUUAAAUUAGAAGCUAUCCUUAAUUUUUUUUUUUUUUUAAAUUAUAUACAUGAAAUAAUUUAUUGGUAAAUUCAUGUUCUAUGCUCAGUCAAUCUCCUAGAAGUACCUGCUAGGCAUAUGCAAAAUUCUGUUUUGAACAAAAAAAUUUUAUGUAAUCUAUUCAUUAACUAAACAAACUAUUGAAUAAAUAUAAAAAUCCGUUCAUUUAGUUUCUCUUAGCUAUUAAAUGGAGAAACUAAAGUAACUAAUGAACACGUUUUUAUGUUCCUUCAUUACUUUGUUUAAUUUAAUAAACUCAUUUAUUUACAAAAUUGUUCAUUCGUUAUGCAAAUUAAUAACGAAAAUAAAUGUUUGCACAUGUCUAGUACCGCUUUGGAACGAAAACGGUAUCCAGUUGAAACGGAGACAAAUUGGACUGAAAAAAUAGAGCGUUAUCAAAACGAACAAAGCACAAUUAAUAUUUUUGUAUGGGAGCAUCAGGAACAACCUGCUUCUGCAGUAUUUUAAAUGUAAUGAUUUUAUAAAGCUGCUAAAUGCCAGCAAAAUACUUUACUGGCCUUUUAUUUUUAGUAUAGAUAGUUGUUUUGUAAAUAGUUCUAUAUCACUUUGUAUGUAAAGCCUGCAGAACGUCUUGCCAGCCAGACUAUAAAUUGUAGGUUUACUGCUUGAUCACUCGUUAUUAUCCAUGCCACAUAUUAAAUGGUGACAUGAAUACUAUUGGCUGGAAUUUAACUUUUUUGCAUAGUUUUUCCAAUGCCAAAUAUCUGUCUUGAGCGUCAAGAUUUGACAGACUUGUUAGUUUCUUUUUUCUUUUUAUUCUUCUUUAUAUUAAAAUGUAAAAAGGUGUGGAACUUUAAAGACCUCCAACGCUGUUUACGUGUAACUAUGGGUGUACUUGGCUUAAAAUAUCACGUGUAAUGAUUGUAUCCAAGUUAAAUAAGAAUUUAUAUAUAUAUUUUUAAAAAUAUGCUUUAUUUUGCUCACAGUAUGAACACUAACAAUGGUUCUGUGAUAUGUUUUUCCCUUCACAUUUUCAGUGUUGUCAUUUUUCUGUCCAUCUUGCACUUUUCUCUACUAUAUUUUUGUUUGUUUUAUAUUGUGAAACAUGUUCAACAUACCCAUUAACUGCAGAUUGUCAAAAUAAAAGGCUUUCAAAUAAA